AUGUGGAGUGGUGGAACCAGAACAACAAGCACCGAGCAAUCUUUGACGAUCUAUGUCACGAAUAUUCCUGACAAUGUCACAGUCGCAGAUGUGUCGGCUCUCUUCUCCAAGGAUGAAGGUUUCUGUGGACUCCGAGCAGUCGGAGGGUCCAAGCGGAUUGUCUUCGUGGACUUCGGAACUGAAAUGCAAGCGACCAAAGCUAUGCGAAAACAUCAAGGGCAUUGCUUCCUUUCAGCUACUGAAGGACUGAUGAUCGACUUUGAUCAUGACAAACGCUCAAAGCGGAGUCGUGCGAUAGAGAAGCCCUGGAGUACGGCCUCUUUUGACCGUGGAAGGAACAAGCGGCAUGAGAAGCCGAUGAAGAGGAAACGCUCUCGCGAACGAGAAGCGGAGAUGUUUCAACGGGAGCGGGCCAGAAGCCAAACCUCAACUUCUGGAGGUACUGAGCUGGAAGCCCUACGCAAGGACUUGAAGACCCCAAAGCCACCUUCGUAUCUCAAGACACGGCCCUUUGGUUCGGCCAAGCCCGAACCAACGGAGGCGUCCCAGCAGUGCGCUGGCUUGGUAGCAUACAGCUCUAGUGAAAGUGAGGAGAGCCGGGCAGAAUCAGAAAGACUGUAA